GUCCUCCUCCGCUCGUAUCGCACACACACACAUACACACACUUACACACACAUACAUACAUACAUACAUACAUACACACAGUCCAAACCCCGAGAAAAAAAGCCCCUGCUGAAUCCUCAACACCGUCUGUCAGUCAGCAAUGGGGAGCGCUUGUUUUUCCCGGGACGUUUGUUUGUUUAUCCUCCUCAUAAAUACUUGCAGGGUGAUGGGGAAUGCCGGACUCGCAGAUGCAGAUGAGUGUGCGGAGGGUUCGGACGAUUGCCAUAUUGACGCCCUCUGCCAGAACACGCCAAAGUCCUACAACUGCAUCUGCAAGCCGGGCUACAAAGGAGACGGCAAGCAGUGUGAGGACAUGGACGAGUGUGAGAACGAUUACAAUGGGGGCUGCGUCCAUGAAUGCAUCAACAUACCAGGAAACUACAGGUGCACCUGCUAUGAUGGAUUCAUGCUGGCCCACGAUGGACACAACUGUCUGGAUGUGGACGAGUGUCUGGACAACAAUGGUGGAUGCCAGCAAGUGUGUGUCAACACUAUGGGAAGCUACGAGUGUCAGUGCAAAGAGGGUUUCUUCCUCAGUGACAACCAGCAUACCUGCAUCCACCGCUCUGAUGAUGGGAUGAACUGCAUGAACAAAGACCACGGCUGUGCUCACAUCUGCAGAGAGGCUCCAGGGAAAGGCGGGGUGUCAUGCGAGUGCCGCCCCGGUUUUGAGCUGGCCAAAAACCAGAAAGACUGUACAUUGACGUGUAACUAUGGAAACGGGGGCUGUCAGCACACAUGCGAUGACACGGACACAGGGCCAGUGUGCGGCUGCCAUCAGAAAUACGCCCUGCACUCAGACAGCAAGACCUGCAUCGAGAAAGAUGAGGCUGCAAUUGAGAGCUCUGAAUUCAAUGCCACGUCAGUAGCUGAUGUGGACAAGCGGGUGAAACGGCGGCUACUUAUGGAGACCUGCGCUGUGAACAAUGGCGGCUGCGACCGGACAUGUAAAGACACAGCCACAGGGGUGCGCUGCAGCUGUCCCGUGGGAUUUACCCUGCAGCCUGACGGCAAAACCUGUAAAGAUAUUGACGAGUGCCAGGAGAACAAUGGAGGCUGUGAUCACUUCUGCCGGAACACAGUGGGCUCUUUCGAAUGCAGCUGCCAGAAAGGCCACAAACUGCUUACUGAUGAACGGACAUGCCAAGACAUUGACGAGUGCUCCUUCGAGAGAACCUGUGACCACACCUGCAUCAACUACCCUGGCAGCUUCGAAUGCUUGUGCAACAAGGGAUACAUCCUGUAUGGCCUCACUCACUGUGGAGAUAUAGAUGAAUGCAGCAUCAACAAUGGGAGCUGUGAGUAUGGCUGUAUAAACACCCAGGGCAGCUACGAGUGUGUGUGUCCACCUGGACAGAAACUCCACUGGAACAAGAAAGAUUGCAUUGAGGCGGUGAAAUGUCUGCCCAAUGGGAAGCCAGUACCCCGAGCCCAACUGACCUGUACCAAGAGUGGAGGGGCAGAGGUCUGCUCACUCUCCUGCCCCUCCAACGCCCUCUUCCUCGCAGACUCAGAGAACAGCUACACACUGAGCUGCGGAGUGCCAGUUCAGCCUGCUAAAGCUCCUCAGAAAAGGAAUGCCACUGCUGCAUUACCCACCUGUGCCGAUACAUUGGCGCCACCCAUCAAACAGAAGGCCAGGUUUAAGAUCAAAGACGCCAAGUGUCACCUGAGGCCCCGCAAUAAGGAGAAACACAGAGAUUCAUCCAAGCAGAACCUGCCAGGAGGCCAUUUCCCUUGCACAGACGACUGCCAGGUAACUUUUGUCAACCUAAAGUGUGACUCGUCUAAGAAGCGCCGGCGAGGACGCAAAUCGCCUUCGAAAGAGGUUUCCCACAUCACAGCUGAGUUUGAGAUGGAGAUGAAGGAGGAGGAAGCCUCAGACUCGUGUAAUGUGGACUGUGUGCGGGAAAAGAUGAAGCAGAAGCUGCAGAGCACCAUGCGGACGCUCAGGAAGUCCAUCAACAAACAACAGUUCUACAUUCAGUUCUCUGGGACAGAGUACGAGGUGGCACAGAAACCGUCCAGAGUACCAGAGGGAGCUGAGGCUUGCAGUACCGGACAAGUCCUACGAGAGGGAAAGUGUGUGAGCUGUGGGAUGGGGACGUUCUACAGUGGAGAGCAGGAGCAAUGUGUCCAGUGUCCUCCUGGUACGUACCAGGACACAGUGGGUCAGCUGUCCUGUGAGCCCUGUCCCAGCACUGAAGGACAGGGAAUCGCUGGAGCCAAGAAUGUGUCUCAGUGUGGAGGUCAGUGUCCAGCAGGUCAUUUCUCUGCUGAUGGGUUUCGUCCGUGCCAGCCCUGUCUACAGGGCUCUUACCAACCUGAACCAGGCCGAGUCCUUUGCUUCCCCUGCGGAGGAGGCCUCAUGACCAAGUAUGAAGGAUCAGUCUCUUUCAGGGACUGUGAGGCCAAAGUGCACUGUGCUCCUGGACAUUACUAUAACUCUAGUACCCACCGCUGUAUACGCUGCCCAGCGGGAACCUACCAGUCUGAGUUUGGGCAGAACUACUGCAUCACUUGCCCCGGGAACACCACCACUGACUUUGAUGGUGCCACCAACGUCUCCCACUGCAAAAACCAGCUGUGUGGAGGUGAGCUGGGAGAGUACACAGGCUACAUUGAGUCUCCUAACUACCCUGGAGAUUAUCCGUCCAAUGUGGACUGUGUCUGGACAAUCAACCCGCCGCACAAGAGGCGGAUCCUCAUUGUAGUACCAGAGAUCUUCCUCCCCAUCGAGGAUGAAUGCGGAGAUGUGUUGGUCAUGAGGAAGAGUGCCCUACCCACCUCCAUCACCACCUACGAGACAUGUCAGACCUAUGAGCGGCCCAUCGCCUUCACCUCUCGCUCACGCAAGCUCUGGAUCCAGUUCAAGUCCAACGAGGGUAACAGUGGCAAAGGCUUCCAGGUUCCAUAUGUCACCUAUGAUGAGGACUACCAGCAACUGAUAGAGGACAUAGUGCGAGAUGGCAGGCUUUACGCCUCUGAGAACCACCAGGAGAUACUGAAGGACAAGAAACUCAUAAAAGCCUUGUUUGAUGUGCUGGCCCACCCCCAAAACUACUUCAGGUACACGGCACAGGAGUCCAAAGAGAUGUUUCCUCGCUCCUUCAUCAAGCUGCUGCGCUCCAAAGUCACCAGGUUCUUAAGGCCAUACAAAUAAGACAGGGCUUCUCCACUGUCCCAUCAAAGACCCCCAUCAUCCUGCGUCAUUCCAAAUUCAGCUACCUACUUCCUCUCCCACCUUGGUCAAAUUAUUGAUGUGCCCAGUAUCUGACUAAAUGUCUGCAUUUCCUGGAUUUGUCCUCAAUCCUGUUUGUCAGAUGAUACCUUUCCUGAACGUUGACCCUUUUAAAUAGAAUUACAUGGUUAACUGACAUCCCUCCUUCCAGUUAGCGCAGGUUUUUCUAUACGGUUUGACCGAUAUGGGUUUUUUUUGGCCAGUAUUAAAAUAUCAGAAGAUAUUUUAUAGACCUGAUAUAUUGAAUGUGUAUAUAUUGUUUCUUUAAAUUUAAACAUUUUAUACCAAACAGGUACAAGUACUUAGUGUUUUUUCUCAGUUUGGUUUGGUACAAUUUAAUAGCUCACCCCACCUUUAUGCUAUGUCAGUGAGGGUGCAAAAUCUGGAAAAAUUGGUGGCGACUGUUCUAACUGAAUGUUAAAAACUAAGUGGAAUGUUUUUGAUAUACAUAUACAUAUAAAACAAGACAUAGACACAGAACAGAUGUUCGCUUACUUUGUAUAAGGUCAAAUAACAAAGCUUAAGUAGCUGUUUUGUCGAUUCAAUAUAUUGAAAGGGAAACUGUAUGGGUUUUGCGGUGGUUAACACUGUUGCCUCACAGCAAGAAGGUUUGAAUCCACCAGCCAGGUCUUUUCUGCAUGGAGUUUACAUGUUCUACACAUGCUAGCAUGUGUUCCCUCCGGAACCGUACUCAGGCUUCCUCCCACAGUCCAAAGACAUGCAGAUUAGGUUAAUUGGCGACUCUAAAUUGUCUCAGAAUGUGAGUGUGAAUGGUUGUUUGUCUCUGUAUGUACCCCGCCUCUCGCUCAAUGUUGGCUGGGAUUGGCUCCAGCCAGGCUGUUAGUUUCAGAACUAACUUACAAAACCCACAUUAAAGUGAAGUAUCGUUUUAGUUUGUGGACAUAUGCAAAUAUAGCUUGGUUUUACCAGAAGCUGCACUGGCAGUCAUCAACCAAACACUGAAAUGUGGGCUCACAACCUGGCAACUAAAACAUUCAAACUGUUGCACACUGAAAGAAUAGUUGGACGUUCAGACCAAUAUCAAUCUCUGUGAGCCUAGCUUAGCCUGUAGACUGUCUGUCUGGAGGUCACAAAAUCCACCUAACAGCACCUCUAAAUUAGAAUGUUAUAUCUUGUUUGUUUAGUAUGUAAAAACAAAAAAAAUUGGGGGGUUAUGUGCCAGACAGCAGGGGCUCCUGGUCCUUACUGGUCCUCACAGCUAACUCUUGGUCAGAAGGCAAAUUUCACAAAAUUCUCAACUAGUCCUAAAAACUGUGCAUAAAUAAUCAUAAAGCAAAGCAUAAAAGUCAUAAAUUAUGCAUUCCUACAGUAAUUUAAGGACAUGUUAUUGUAAACUGAUGCACCCAGUAUUUACUAAAAGGCCAGUAUCUGCAAACCUUUAUAUCGGUCAAACCCUAUUUCUUCAUACCAUACACUAAAUCUUCUUGUCUCCCAACCAUUCCCAGAGUUUUGCACCUUCUCUAACAACUUUGCCGUCUUCUUUACACUUUGUCCACCUUUCUCAUUUCAUUUUGGCCCUUCUUUGUUUUCCAUGUUAUAUUUUUGUUUUUGUCAUAUUUAUAGUGAACAACAUUUGCAAAAAGCCCACAUCACAGAUGUUACAGAUGUGACGUACGUUCAAACGUUAUGAAAUGUGCGGACACACACAGGUGUACAUACGUGCCCCAACACAGAGUGAAUGGAAGCAUCCUGAAUUAAAUUUCUUCGUUUGUCCCAACGUGCACAUGACAAAGAUGAGAAAGCAAUGGGUGCACUUGAAACACAUUUUAACAUGAAGAGCAAAUUCAAAGAAAUGUUAAAGUGGGGAAAUUGAAACCAUUCCACCUCUGUGGGUGCUUUAUCCAUUGGAGCACAGGGAAAGAUUAAAUGGGGUGAAUCAGAAAGUCUAUAUUGUAAUUUUUUUAAAUGAUAAAAAAAAGAUAUAUAACAAGAUGAGAUAAACUACCUGCAAGUAACAGAUUGUUACUUUAGAGAGAAAUGUUUGUGAUGUAACUAGUAUUUGGAACUUUAAUUGCACUUGAAUUUUAUUUGUUAAAUUGUAGGGAAAAAAAAAGAUCUAAGUUACGUAUUUGUUACUUUUUUGUGUUGUUUUGAAAUGUGCCACAUGUGGCAGUGAUGAGAGAGAAAGAUAGCUGUCUCCUGUUAUUGCUCCCACACUCUGUAGCUUACAGUUACACCAGAAUCUCUCAGCUACGGUAGCUUCACACCUUAUUCGUGUCCACAGUGAGGAACCAUUUAGACUGACGUGUCAGCAUCUCAGAACCUGAGACUGUAUCUAUUUUAAACUAAAGCGUCACUCAAACUCGCCACCAUCAUGAUAGUUCAGUUUUCACUGGCCAGUCCUGCUUUAUCCCUCAACCAUGUGCUAUAGCUGCCAGAGAGAAGAAGCAUCACCAUAAACUUCUUGUAUGAUGGCACUACAUACAUACCGUACUACUACAGUAUAUACUUGUCUUUAAAAAACUAAUAUCUGCAUUCACCAAGAUGCACACUCUUUCCAUUAAAUAGGAAGCAUAGUGUGUAUACUAUGCUUUUCUUUUAUAACCCAACUAAAUGUUUUUUGUGUCAUUCCCAUUGGUACUAAUAUGUCUAUAAAAAUUCUGUACUGCAUAUUGAAGAUGGACUCUGUAUCUGCACAACGCGACUGGAGUUGAAAAAAAUGUGCAAAGUGUGACUGGAGUGUUGGUCUGGUGGCAGAAUGAGAGGCAUCUCACAUCGGGAGUGCAGCUUCAGCCGUAAGCCAG